AUGUGGCAGUUGGCCUAUUCAGCUGAUGUGAGAGCCCCUAGACUGGAAAGGUCUGUUCCAAAUAUGAUUGACAAGGCCAUACUAGCAGCACUUACUUCCAUUCAGACUUCUUUUGAUGCCUUGACAGUGAGAGUUAUGGCUUGUCAAAACAGACAGCGGGAAACCUCUGAGGUGACGGACCUAAAAGCCGAAAUUGCAAGUUUGCGGAAGGACGUAGAUUACCUUAAGUCUACCGACUUCACUUCACUCUUAGAGAGAGCAGAUUAUAAGGAUGUUCCUGAGACCAUCAGAGAUGUGCAAAGGGAUGGUGCAGCAAAGGCAGAGUCGGAUGCAGAAACCGACGAGGAGUCGAUAGCAGCACAGGUUGAGAAGAUAUGA